AUGGCUGACGGUAAGCACUCAACGCCUCCACCAGCACCAGCAACCAUGCAGUCAGUCAGAUCCGCUCAGUUCAACUUCCCCAAGGAGGAAGAAAAGAUUCUCCAGUUCUGGCGCGAGAUUGACGCCUUCAAGCGCUCCCAGGAACUUAAUAAGGACAAGGAGCCUUUUGCCUUCUUUGACGGACCUCCAUUCGCCACCGGUCUUCCCCAUUACGGACAUUUGCUUGCCGGUACCAUCAAGGAUAUCGUCACUCGUUUCGCCCACAGCACUGGACACAGCGUCGAGCGUCGUUUCGGUUGGGAUUGCCAUGGUUUGCCUGUUGAGUACGAGGUUGACAAGGCCCUCGGCAUCACUGGAAAGGCCGAUGUUUUGGCCAUGGGUAUCGACAAGUACAACGAGGAGUGCCGCAGCAUUGUCAUGCGUUACGCCAAGGAAUGGCGCCAGACCGUUGAGCGUGCUGGACGCUGGAUCGAUUUCGACAACGACUACAAGACCUUGAAUGUCGAGUUCAUGGAGUCCGUCUGGUGGGUCUUCAAGACCCUCUUCGACAAGGGCCAGGUUUACCGUGGUGUCCGUGUCAUGCCCUUCUCGACCGCCUGCAGCACCCCCGUCUCCAACUUUGAGGCUCAGCAGAACUACAAGGACGUCAGCGACCCCUCCGUCGUCGUCUCCUUCCCCCUCUUGAACGAUCCCUCCGUCUCCUUCUUGGCCUGGACAACUACCCCCUGGACCUUGCCCUCCAACUUGGCUCUCUGCGUCAACCCCACCCACGACUUUAUCAAGUUCUUGGACGAGGCCUCUGGCAACACCUACAUCAUGCUCGAGAAGCGCCUCUCGAUCCUCUACAAGGACCCCUCCAAGGCCAAGAUCAAGAUUCUCGAGCGCAUGAAGGGAGCUGACUUGAAGGGUAUCCAGUACGUCCCCCUCUUCGAGUACUUUUACAAGGAGUUUGAGGCCACUGGUUUCCGCGUCUUGAACGACGAGUACGUUGAUGAUUCUGCCGGUACCGGUGUUGUUCAUCAGGCUCCCGCCUUCGGUGAGGACGAUUAUCGUGUCUGCAUCAACCACGGCGUUAUUACCGCCGAUGGUCACAUUCCUUGCCCCGUCGACGAAUCCGGCAAGUACUUUGAUGUCAUCACCGACUUCAAGGGCAUGCAUGUCAAGGAGGCCGACAAGUUGAUCCAGAAGCACCUCAAGGGCAAGGGUCGCUUGAUUGUCCAGACCCAGAUCAACCAUAGCUACCCCUUCUGCUGGCGUUCCGACACUCCCUUGAUCUACAAGGCCUUCCCCUCCUGGUUCGUUCGCGUCCAGCCCAUUGUCGACAAGAUGUUGAAGAACAACGCUCAGUCUCGCUGGGUUCCCGGAUUCGUUCAGGAGAAGCGCUUCGCCAACUGGAUCGCCAACGCUCGCGACUGGAACAUCUCCCGCUCCCGUUACUGGGGUACCCCCAUCCCCAUUUGGGCCACCGAGGACUUUUCCGAGAUGCGUUGCAUUGGCUCUUUGGCCGAGCUGGAGGAGGUUUCGGGAUGCGGCAAGUUGACCGACAUCCAUCGCCACUUUAUCGACAACAUCACCUUCAAGUCGCCCACGACCGGCAAGACCAUGCGCCGUGUUGAGGAUGUCUUUGAUUGUUGGUUCGAGUCUGGAUCGAUGCCUUACGCUCAGCAGCACUACCCCUUCGAGAACAAGGAGUCCUUUUCCAAGGGAUUCCCCGCCGAUUUCAUCUCGGAGGGAUUGGAUCAGACCCGUGGAUGGUUCUACACCCUCUUGGUUCUCUCGACCCACUUGUUCGACACUCCCCCAGCCAAGAACCAGAUUGUCAGCGGUCUCGUCCUCGCCUCCGACGGCAAGAAGAUGUCCAAGCGCCUCAAGAACUACCCUGAGGCCAACAUUAUCUUGGAUGCCUAUGGUGCUGAUGCCCUCCGUCUCUACCUGAUCAACUCGCCUGUCGUUCGUGCCGAGACCUUGAAGUUCAAGGAGGAGGGUGUCAAGGAUGUCAUCACCAAGGUCUUCUUGCCCUGGUACAACGCCUACAAGUUCUUUGUCAACCAGACUGUGUUGCUGAAGAAGGAGUUCAACCACGACUUUAUGUACAACGGCGCCUUGAAGAAGAGCGAUAACGUCAUGGACCGCUGGAUGUUGGCCUCUUGCCAGAGCUUGAUCAAGUUUGUCCGCGAGGAGAUGACCAACUACCGCCUCUACACCGUCGUGCCCCGCCUGUUGCGCUUGAUCGAAGAGUUGACCAACUGGUACGUCCGCUUCAACCGUCGCCGCCUGAAGGGUGAGAACGGUCUUGAGGAUGCCACCCAGGCCAUGAACACCCUCUUUGAGGUCCUCUACACCUUGGUCCGCGUGAUGUCGCCCUUCACUCCUUUCUUGACCGAGAACAUGUACCAGACCUUGAAGACCUUCUUGCCCAAGGACCCCAAGAUUGUCGACGAUCGCUCGGUUCACUUCUUGGACUUCCCCGAGGCCAAGGAGGAAUACUUUGAUGACGAUAUUGAGCGCGCCAUGUCGAGGAUGCAGGCCGUCAUUGAGUUGGGCCGUACCACCCGUGAGCGCAAGACCAUUAGCUUGAAGACCCCCCUGAAGGAGUUGGUUGUCAUCCACCCCGACCCCCAGUACCACGCCGAUGUCAAGUCGUUGGAGUCGUACAUUGUCGAUGAGCUCAACGUCCGUAGCCUGAUCGUCACGUCCGACGAGGCCCAGUAUGGCGUCAAGUACACGGUCGAGGCCGAUUUCCGUUCGUUGGGAGCCAAGCUGAAGAAGGAUGCCGUCAAGGUCAAGAACGCUUUGCCCAAGUUGAGCGAGGAGCAGAUCAAGGACUUUAUCCGCAACAAGGCGAUCACCAUCGAGGGCCAUAACUUGAGCGAGGAGGAUUUGACUGUUGUCCGGUUCUUUGAGUCGUCCGAGAACAGCUUGGAGACCAACUCUGACAAGGAUGUGUUGAUUCUGUUGGAUGUGAAGCGUUACCCCGAGCUGGAGCAGGAGGGAUUGGCGCGUGAGAUCAUUAACCGCGUGCAGCGUUUGCGCAAGAAGGCUGGUUUGGAGCCUACGGAUAUGAUCCACAUGUACUAUGAGUUUACUCAGGACCUCAACAAUGCACUGGAGCAGGUGAUCAAGGAGCAGGAUGAGACGCUUGUCCGUGCAUUGAAGCGGUCGUUGGAGCCUAUUGCCGCCAAGAAGGGGGCGGAUGCGGUUGUUAUUGAGGAGGCCCAGGAGGUCAACGGUUCGACCUUCAACCUUACCCUUGUUCGCGAUUAA